AGCAACGCGAACGUACGUCGAUGUUGUGAAUUUGGACAGCUAGUCACUCACUUGUCAGUGGAAUAAUAACUCGGAUUUCUACCCUUUGAUAAUUUUCUUAGACUUUCACUACUGAAGAUUCAAUUGAAAAUUUCAGCAAGGAGACUGCCUGUUUUAUUCUUUCCCACAUUUUGAAUCCAAGGACCAUUCUACCAAAGGACGGCAAACAUCUUGAAGAUUUCUUUUUUUACCCUGUGAGCACCUUGGUCUUUAUCAAAGUUUGCCAAGGAGCGACAGUCGCUCUCUGACCCCGCACCAAAUUUUGCCGUAAACCAUCUGCCGCUACGUUCAGUAGCCAAAAACAAAUUUGCUGCUCCCAGAACUGUACUCUGAUUUGUACACAAUUCUAUAAUGCCCGGGUGGGACGAUGGGAACAGCCAAACUCUGACUUACUCGUCGCAGAAAGGCCACGAUUAUAGCUCGGACUACCCAAAUACCAUUCUGAAAUCAGUCAAAGAACAGGAAGCCCAGUUUGCCCAGCUUACCAGAGAAUUUGAGGCCGACAAGUUGAUUGCGGCCAAUCAGAUUAACCGUAGCAGAGUCGACUCGGACACCGCUACUCUGAAUAGUAUCAGCGAGACAAACGAUUCGUUCUCCUGGCGGCGCUCUGCCGGCCAGACAGAGUCUCAUAUGGACGAAGGCAGUAGCUUCGUGGUGGACGUGCCUUCCACUAAUCUGCUUGAUUCUUGUUUAAGAGAAUUAGGAGAGAGGAACGUCGAAGAUCCCAACAUGGAAUCACUACAGUAUUCAGAUCCAUAUGCCAGCCCAUACGGCAACACAACCAGAUCACUGUCACAUGACCCGUAUGGGGGCGGAGACUAUGCUCCUCAUCCGUACGAUGCAGGGUCACAAGGCUAUGACAGACAAUCGGAUUACGGAAGCCCGCAUCACUCCAACUACCAGGAAUACCCUCCUUCAGAGAGCGGGCAGGGGGGCUACGGGUACGCAGACCCCCCUCCCCCUUCUAAUGAUGAUUAUAAUGGAUAUAGCAGUGACACCAAACCAAGGGAUAGCUUUAGGGAGGUGGACCCGAGGGUGGUGGAGAUGGAGGAUCCAUACGGUACCAGGGAUAGAUUUGAUGGUGCUGGUGAAGAUGUGCCCUAUCGUGCACCCUCCCCCAUCGGACCGGAUCCUUACAGCUCACUGCCAAAGACAGAGGACCCCUACCAGUCGUCAUCAGGAUUCAGGGAAUACGCCCACACCCCUCCACCAGCAGUCAUCUCCCCAAUCCAACCCACCCCUCCCUCGGGGGUCGACGACUACGGUAACCCCUGGGACGAUUACCCCUUGACCUCUGACCCCGAGGUCGCCCCCAGCGACGCCGGCCAGGAAGCCUCGGGGGUCAACCCCCGCGAUAACUACGACCAUCCCCGCCCUGCGACCAGCCCGGGCCCAAAAGAGGACCCGUACGUGUCGUCACGGCAGCCUUACGAUGAUUAUGCCACCGACAACAGAGGUCACGACCCUGACCUUAACGACAGGUUGCCGGCCGGUACACUCGAUAGGACGCCCUCACAUGAUCCGUUCAUACCCCCAGAAAAAGCUGAAUUUGUGGAAAGCCAACAGAGUGAAUAUGAACCUGACAGCCAAGGCGAUGGCAAAUGGAGAGCCCCUGACCUACAGGAAGUGAUUGAUUACCUGGGUCAUCCAAACCAGUCCAUUGUGGCACACGCAGCAGGCUACAUACAGCAUCUCUCCUACCAGAACGAUGACAUCAAGAGAAAGACAAGGGAAAUGGGAGGUAUCCAACCUUUGGUCGGGUUGCUAGGCAACCCGGUACCCGAGAUCCACCGGACAGCGUGUGGCUCUUUGAGGAACCUUAGCUACGGUAAAAAACACGAAGAGAACAAAGUCAAGAUCAAAGCCAAUGGUGGGAUACCAGCACUUGCCAGGCUGCUCAGAACAUCUUCAGAUACAGAGACCAAAGAUCUUGCUGCAGGAACGUUAUGGAAUCUAAGCUCUUCUGAGCCUUUGAAGAAGACUAUCUUGGAGGAUGCCCUGAGUGUCCUGGUGAACAAUGUAUUAAUCCCAGAGUCUGGAUGGAAGCCUAGCGGCAACAGUCCUUUCAAGCCGGCCGACGAGCCGUGGACUAAAACUUUCAUCAAUGCCACAGGAUGUUUGAGGAAUGUGAGUUCAGGUGGGAUUGAAGCCAGGCAUCGGAUGAGAGAGUGUGAGGGUCUGGUGGACAGUCUACUUCAUGUACUCAGUUCGUCAAUGAGGAACAAUGACAUGGAUAGUCAAGUUGUGGAGAACACCCUCUGUAUCCUGAGGAACUUGACGUUUCGUAUAGCGAACGAGGCCAACCACCCGGACGCCAUCCCCCUACGCAGCAACACAUCGUCCAACUUCCCUGACACCAUGCCCAAAUCACAACAGAAGAAGAGUCCACAGAGUGGUUCGUUGAUCUGUUUUGGUGGGAGUAAGAAGAAAGAUGCCCAGCUUGCUUCAAAUGGAACGGCAGGUAAAACUGGCACCUGGAACCCGUCCCAACCGAUCCCUAACCUGAAGAAGGAUGUCAAAGGUGUGGAGAAGCUCUGGCAACCAAGUAUCAUAAACCCAUAUCUCAUUGUACUAUCGGAGUGCUCUAGGCCGGCCUCCUUGGAGGCAGCUGCUGGAACGAUACAGAAUGUAACAGCCGGAGAGUGGCAGUGGGCAAUGUAUAUCCGCGCUGAGAUGAGGAAAGAGAAAGGUUUACCUAUCCUUGUUGAGCUUCUGCGGAUGAAGAAUGACCGCGUGAUGAUCGCCGUCGCCAAGGCUCUCCGCAACCUCGCUAUGGAUCCAAGAAAUAAAGAUCUCAUUGGCAAGUAUGGUAUGCAGGAUCUUGUAGAACGUCUCCCGAGCUCCACCAGCAGUAGACGAUCGGCCAAAGACAUUUCUCAUGAAGGCGUCGUCGCUGUCCUGAACACGAUGACGGAGCUGGUUACGAAGAACCAAGAAAAUGCAAAAUCCUUGCGGGGUGCAUCAGGUAUUGAGCGUCUGGUCUCUCUCACCAAAACCAACGGUGCUUACCCAGCGUCAGUCAUCAAGGCUGCUUACCAGGUGCUACAUGCCAUGUGGGCUUACAAGGACCUACGUCCUCAGUACAAGAAGGACGGAUGGGAAGAGAAGUUCUUCCACGCCUCAAGCACCUUCACGACGCUCCCCAGGAAAACGACAGUAGAUGGGUCCCUGCCGCCGACGGCCAGCGAGAGCAAGAGCGAGCCGACGAGCAGGACGAACACUGUCCAGAGGCAUACUAGUAAAACCAACAGUUACGACAUCAGCCAGCCCACGAGACCCGCCCCGGAGCUAAGCGACACCCAUCGCAACGAGGCUCCUCCUGCUUUUGACGACCCAUACCCGAUGAAUACAGGGAAUCAACCAAUGUAUGACGAACGAUCCGUUGACAGGGACUUUGCUGCAGAGGAUGAUUUGAUGCAGCGUCUAGAACCCUAUGCUAGAGAAAGCAUAUCCACAUACAAUAGUCAAGACCGAUUAGCUGAUAACAUGAUACCGGGAGAGGAGAUAUCCAUGCAACCACUCUCCUCAGAUUAUGCUGAUAAUCCUUACGCCAGCACAGGCCGGAAAUCUGCACCCAUCGGAGGAGUGUCUGUCUAUGGAAGGGCUCCAGAACCCCAAGUUGAGCAUUCAAACUAUGCCUCGGUGAACCAAUCGAUGAGCCACGACUCCUACGACCGCAGCAAAGAUUACGGUGAUUACAGUACUGCUCAGCACGUUCAGCUCCAGGCCCAGGAUGAACCGGCAGGUGACUCAUGGGUGUAAGACUGCACCCCUCCGCCGACCACACCCCUUUUCAUGUUUACCCCCAAUGGAGAUUGGUACUAUCUUUAUCUUUUAUACUUAAACAGCAGACUUAAUCAAGAUGCUGAUUUACAGAUUAAGAAUUGUAUUAAUUGGAUUACUGCUUAUCAUACCAAGUUCCUAGCCAAGGAUGAACCGGGAAGUAACUCAUGGGUGUAAGACUACACCCCUCCACCAGCCACGCCUUUUUAUGUUUACCCCACAUGGAUUGGCACUAUCAGCUUCAAUAGACUAUCUCGAGAUGUUGAUUGCAAUUAAGAAUAGUAUGAAUUGGAUUACUGCUUAACAUCCCAAGCCCAAGACAGGAGACCAAUGGGUGUAAAAGUACACCCCUCUACCGACCACACCCUUUUUCUUGUUUACCCCCAACACGGAUUGGCACUAUCUACUUUAAUAGACUAUAAUGAGAUGUUGAUGACAGAUUAAGAAUAGCAUAAAUUGGAUUACUGCUUUACAUGCCAAGCUCCAAACCCAAGAUAAACAGAAAUGGGUGUAAAAGUAUGCCUCUUCAUUGACCACGCCCUUUUUUAUCCCAAGAUGAAUUGGUACUUUCUACUCGGGCGAAUUUCAGUCAGCUGCGGUUCAUGACUGAUGAUCAAUUUGGAAAGCAAGGAGGUCGAAUUUCAUCUAGCUCAAUGUAAUUUUAAAACUAAGAAUUGAUUAUACAUAGACUUGAAGUACAUUGAAACCUGUUUAUAGUAACCACCCAAGGGGAACACAAAAUGUUGCCUUUACACAUGCAGCCAGAUUACUGCUAUAGACAGGUUCUUAUACACACAAUCUGUCUCUUGGGAAUCAGUUUUAGUGGUUACCAUAGGCAGGUAGUCGCUAACACUAGUUUGACUGUACUUACAAAAUUGUAAGCUUAAAUUACCUGUAUUCAGUUUAUCAUUCGUGUAGAGUUUGACAUUUUGAGGAAAUAAUUUGAUGAUUGAUAGUUCUUUGUGCACUAAUAUAUCAAGAUGGACAUUUUUUCCUACCGUGAAUGUACAUAAUGUAUUCAGGUGUGGUUCUGGGAACUGCUCGUACGAGGAAUAAAUUUUGACAGCAAAUACAUAUCGGAUUUGAAAAGUCAGAAUGGGAUUUACUGUCACUGCUCAACAAAUUAUGACUGUGUUUUCCCAGUCUUCAGCACUGACUGGAAUUUGGCACUUUAACCAACUAUACAGAUACUGUGUCUAGAGUCGAGACUAGACUCCAAAUGCUCUGUGUCU